UCGGCGGCGGUGGCGGCGGAGGAGAACAAUGGGAAAGUUCCGAUCGAUGGAAACAACGGAGAAGAAAGGGCAGUGGUUUGGCCGAAGCUGUUCAUAACUCUCUCAAGCAAAGAGAAAGAAGAAGAUUUUCUGGCCAUGAAGGGUUGCAAGCUUCCUCAGCGACCCAAAAAGAGGGCCAAAAUCAUCCAAAGAAGCUUACUUUUGGUAAGCCCUGGGGCAUGGUUGACUGAUAUGUGCCAAGAGAGAUACGAAGUUAGGGAGAAGAAAAGUAGCAAGAAGAGACCAAGGGGAUUGAAGGCUAUGGGAAGCAUGGAAAGUGAUUCUGAAUGAGGAUUUGAUGAAAUCACAUUUGGUGAGCUGAAGAUGAUGCUGAUGAAGAUAUUUUGAGUUUGAUUAUUCAAGUACUUAAUUAAAUUUGUGUUUCAAAUCCGGAGGGGAGGCAUAUAUUACAUAGUUGUUAUUUUUGUCCUCCCAAAUGUUUUUGUAAACAAGUAAUGAUCCAAUCCCAUUAAUCAAUUAAGAAGAAAUUUCAUCUCUUUA